AAAGUGGUCGAAGAAUGUCCUGAGGCAAUAGACUCGUUGAGUUUUAUUGUGCGAUCUGGUGUGCGAAUCGAGGAUAUGACACAUUGGCCGGGAACAGCACGAGAAUGGUUGAACGCACAGGAGGCUGUGUCCGAGCAAAACAUCAGUAAAGCGAUUUCGAUUCUGUCGGCAGUCGAAAGCAGUAAUUUGAGGAUUAUAAUUGAAUUAGGCAGAUUGCACUACGCAAUUGGCCAACGUCAAAAAGCAGCGAUGCAUUUGCAGAGGGCACACAAUCUGGACAGUGGAUGCUCGUAUUCAAUGGAUAUCCUCGCCUAUAUUCUGGCUCAGGUAUUUUAUUGA